AUGAACAAACAAUAUUUUUUGUUUUUAUUUUCUAUUUUUUGAAAACUAAAACAAAAAACAAGAAACAAAAGUGAUACCAAACAGACCCUUAGCAACUGACAUGUUGGCCGGGGUGGAUCAAGCAUUGAAAUAGAGGAUGGUCCUUCCACUAUCCUUGGGGUUGGCAGAGAAACCAUUUGAUCAGAACCCAAUUGCUAUUGGAGCAUUUGGAGCCUUAAACAAGGGUAUGUUCGUUGUUUGCUCAGCUGGAAUGAAGGCCCUAAUGCAUACACCAUCCUCAAUGGAGCUCCUUGGAUCACCACUGUUGGUGCUGGAACUAUUGAUCACGACUGAGGUGCUCAUCACCCUUGGCGAUGGAGUUGUAUCCAUCAUCGGAAAAACUUUCUACGCAGAGAAUCUCCUCAUCUCCAAGUAUACUUUGGACAUGGAAAUCGAAGCAAGGAAAUCUGCGCAGCUAAUUCACUAAUCAAUGCCAAGAAUCCAACAGUAUCAAAUUCC